AGGGCCGGCCAGAGCCCCAGGCCAGGAGUCCGGCAGCAUCAAUGUCCAUUUUGCCACAAGUCGUUUGGCAGAGUAGAUGGAGCCCGGAGACAUGCCAAAACCUGCCCCCAGAAGGGAAACCAACCCCUGCCGCCACUCGCCAGACGAGGCCGGAAGUUACGGGCAUGUACCCAAUGCUCCAGGUGUGAUGGGAAAAAGCCUUGUGGACGCUGUAGCUCAAGGAGCACGGACUGUUCAUACAGCUGGCUUUGCAGCGACCCAUCUCAUCGCCAGUCACUAGCCGAGACCGUGGACUCCAAGAAGUCAGCUCCCGGAAGAGGCGCAGAUCUCGGACUACCCUUCCUGCUCAGGAAUCUUGAUUCGACGACGGAGUUUGAGAAUGAGAGGGAUGCUGCGCGGCAACCAGAAAGCAACGUCGGAGGCCCUUCCACUAGAAUUUCACCUGAGGGCAAUACAGGAGAACGCAUGGCUUUCGUCGACCCCGCGCUCCUCCUCUCCAACUACAUUGACCCAUUCUUGGACACUUAUUUGACACUAGAUGACGCCUACGAUGGCUUUGAUCCUGGAGCCCCUGGAUCACCCGCGGCUCUCAUUUCGGGCGAUACUCUCGAGGGUCGUCUCGACCUCCUUUGUGGGGAAUUGGAAAUGUAUUCGUUGAGCAAACCAAAACUGAGUCGCUCUUUCCAACGCGCGUCCUUUCAGAGUCUGUUCACAAGUGAGAGUGUGCGAGGGUUUGUAGUAGCUUUCUCACGCAAGAGGCAUUAUCAGUUCCCUAUUAUCCAUUGGCCAACAUUUGACAUUCUCAAGGCUCCCCUGCCUUUGCUUCUUGCGGUUGUGAUGACGGGCGCGGCGUACUCUCACACGCCUGGCGCUGAACAUGACCCAGCUGUCCAAGCAAGAGCCAUCCACAGCAUUUCAGGGCCUUAUAUUUUCAGCAAAUUACAAGAGAAAACAGAUUCUGAAGCCGGUAUCGGUGAUUUGCUGGAGUACUGCCAGGCCGCAUUGUUGAUGAUUGGCCUCGGUACAUGGGUGAAAGAUCAGGACACCAGACGGACCUUUCUGUGCAAGUACAGACCUAAGCUCAUCAGGGUCAUAAGGGAUCAUAACCUGGCACAGAUCAGACACGACCAUCAUGAAUCAUGGCCAUUUUUUAUUGAAAAGGAGCUGAAGAUCCGCCUCGCCUCCUGGACGUUCUACACCGACUGCCUCGCGACACUGUCCACCAACCAUCCUCCCCUGCUGCUGCUCUCAGAAAUGCGCGUGCAGUCGCCGUGCAGCGCAAGAAUUUGGGAUGCUGAAACAGAAGAGGACUUCCACAAACGAAAAGUAGACACCGCGAUUAGCUCCCAUUGUCUGGUCGACCAAAUGUCCGAAUUGAUGAGCGAUGACUGGACCGAGCCCCAACACUUGAAUUCCAGCCAACUCAGCCCAUAUCACUUGCACGCGAUGAGCUGCGCUUUAAUGCCAGUCAUUUACAAUCUUCACAGCUCGAAGUUUCCAGACAGUCAUUCUGCCGCUAUCUUCCGCGCGCUGGAUCGGUGGGAAUAUCUCUGGGAUAUUGCAAUCAAGCGAAUGCCAGAAGACCAGCGCAAGUGGCUGGGCGUGGCACGGAAUUCUCCCGGCCUCAUCUGGGUCUCGCGGCAGAUCCUCAAGGUCGGUCAGACAGACGAGGCCAAGAGAUGGCGGUAUUUCCAGCGAAUCCCCAGUUAUACAACAGCGGACAUCUUUGAGUUCGCCCGUAGUCUUGAUAGCGAACAGACUUAUCCGGUC